UUGUUUUGUAGAUAACUGACCGUUAGACAGACGAAAUGGAAAACGGCAUACAAAUAUGGCAAACACUGCGCAAACUCAAAUAUGGAACUUUAGAAUGGUGUACUCCUUUGAUCCAGCUCGUAAGGCCUAGUGCUCCUCGUCCAUAGACAUAACAUUUAUCGCUUUUUUGUAUAACAUUCAUAUAACAUUUUCUCGUGUUGAAUUCUUCAACAUGUCUUUUUUUUCAAAUUUGCAAAAUAAUAUAUAUCAACAUGAAAGUGAUGGCAAGAAGACAGGAAGUCUGGAACAGAACAUGCCAGAGGCAGCCGGUAAACUCCGCCACAAUACGGAUGACAAACUCCACCACAACACGGAUGACAAACUCCACCACAACACGGAUGACAAACUCCGCCACAAUACGGAUGACAAACUCCGCCACAAUACGGAUGGCAAACUCCACCACAAUACGGAUGACAAACUCCACCACUUUACGGAUGACAAACUCCGCCACAAUACGGACGGGCCAAAUGUUAAACACCCGAGAAGUGGAGAGGGAGAGCACGGAAAUGACCAGUUUGUUCAGUUCCCCAGUUUAAACAUACCAGAAAAUCAAGUUCGUGACGAGAAGGGAGAAAACAAAGUUAAAAACAAACCGACUGAAAUUCUUCUUAAUCCAGAAGGCGCCUUGACUCAGGAUGAAGUAAAAGAGACGCACGAUUUGAGUAGAAAAGCCUUUGGAGGACAUGAUCCAAACAGUAUGAUAAAAGUUGGAGCUUUUAGGGAAAUGGAAACACAGGCAACCGCCAUGUCGGGUGAUCAAGAGAAAAACAGUAACGGAAUCCAGACAGAAGCAUAUGGAGGACAUGAUCCAAACAGCGUGAUAAGAAUUGGGGCUUGCAGAGGAAUGGUCACAACGUCACAGGAAAUUUUGAAUUCAAUGAAGAAAGAAAACCAAGAAAUGAAGGACCAACUGAAGUGUAAGGUGUGUCGAGCUAAACACGCUGAUAUCGCAUUUAUACCCUGCGGCCAUCUUGUUUGUUGUUCUGAUUGUAGUCAGAACACCGUGCAGUGUAUGUUGUGCAAAGGAAAAAUCGAAACACGUGUUCCUAUCACAGAUGACGAACAGUAAGGUACCGUACGGAAAUAACAUUGAUUAGAGGAAAUGACAUAAAUGGUCAAAACACGAAAAUGAUCAGAGGACUCACAUUCUGGUCAUUUGGUUUUCUGUGCUAGGUGUAUCUGAAGCAUAUAAUCUCAAUAUUUGUUCAGGAACUUUGAUAAAACACAUGAUCUCUGCUUUAAAUAUUCCAUUCAAAACAUAAGAAAAAAGUAUAAAUUGCGUAAAUGAGAAAUCGGAAAUAUGGACGCAUUCAUUUAAAAAAAAAAUAGUCGCUUAUAGAAGUGUAAGAUUUUCUAAAAUAUAGAUAUUGAUUACACCACAACUGACUGAUACUAAGGUAAGCAUGGCAGUUGUAAAUCGUAAGUAUCGGCGUUUUCUUGAAAAAUAAACCGCCUUCAUAAACACGAAAUAUCACUUUUGCAUUCUAAAAGUGAUUGAUUUAUGUAAAAGUAAGUGGUGUAAACGUUGUUAGUCCAUUUAUCUCGCCCCGCAACAUGUCAUUUGAUGGUUAUCGAUAUAGUAGACAAUCAAAUAUAUGUAAAAAAAAUUCCUUCUUGGAAAUUCCUUUUUCCAUUAUUGUGUUGAAUAUAAUAUCGUCAUGUAGGAUGGACUGCGUUAAAGACUAUUUAACAGUAUGAUGAAACUGAGAUUGUAACAGUUUUGGAAAAUGAUAAUAUUCAUGUUCAAAUACAGGAGGGAAAGCCAGUAAGAAAGGUUACAGAUAUACUACUAUAUGGUGGAGAGUUCCGAGAGUUAACCAAAUGCUUAUCCAAUCUAACCUUACUCAAAUCUAAUCACAAUGAAGUUACAUAUAAUGUGGAUUAUAACAAGGUCUAAAAAUUAUAUAUUUGUUUCUGAUUUUUAAUUACAGUAUGUUGUUCUGGCGAAAACAUGUGUGUUUAUAUAUUAUCUUUACUUCUAACACAGGUAAUAUCAAGAAAUAAAUUAUUGCACGUGUCCUUACACAUUGAAAUGGUGGUAACAGACAGUGGCAUACGCCUGAUCGUAACUUGUCCUUGUCGAAAUCAGUAAAAUAAUUACAUGUUCUUCAGAUAUUGACGCCUGGAGGUGUUAUCGUGUAAUAAUAAAUUCUUUAGACAAAGGAACAUGGUAGAAUUGGUCCAUGUUUGAUUGGUCGAGAUUCUCCCUAAAUAUAGGCAGGAGUUUGAUAAAUACUAACCCCACUUAGAGGAGGAGAUGCUAUUGGUUGCAAAGAAAGAGAAAGAAAGCUUUUGAAUGAUAUAUAAAAAAAAUUAAAAAUAAAAUUCAUAUCAGCUGAACAAAA